AUGCUUAAAUUUUCUAAAUCGCAAAGUACUGUAGCACACAAUGUGCUGGUUGCUACAAGAUUCAAUUCAACCAAAUUAUUGAUGAGAUCCCGGAUAGUAGCCCCUUCUUUCCAACAUCUGAGAACUUUACAUAAUACAUCGGCAAUUUAUCAAAAAUCACAUCUAAGUCGUCAACCAAUUGGUGGUAGCGAAUCUCAACGUCAUGGUAGUAAAACUAGUAGACGAUUUGAGAAUGUUGAAUUCAAUGCACCAUUAUCCAUUGCAUUUUUCCUUAUUGUAGGUGGGUUAUCCUAUUAUAUCUUCGAGAAUCAAAAGAAGAAAAUGGAUGCAGAACAACAAAAGGAAUCUAGAAAAGGUUAUGGUACACCUCAAAUUGGUGGACAACCAUUUGAAUUGAUCGAUCAAGAUGGUCGUGCAUUCACUGAUAAGGACAUGUUAGGUAAAUUUUCAAUAGUUUAUUUUGGAUUCUCUCAUUGUCCCGAUAUUUGUCCUGAUGAAUUAGAUAAAUUAGGAUGUUGGUUAGAUGAGCUUCAAAAGGAUAGAAUUGAAUUACAACCUGUUUUUGUUACAUGUGAUCCAGCUAGAGAUAGUCCCGAAGUAUUAAAAGAAUAUUUGAAAGAUUUCCAUAAUAGUAUUAUCGGUAUUACAGGUACAUAUGCUCAAAUUAAACAAAUGUGUAAACAAUAUCGUGUCUAUUUUUCUACACCUGAAAAUGUUAAACCUGGACAAGAAUAUUUGGUAGACCAUUCGAUUUUUUUCUAUUUAAUGGAUCCAGAAGGUAAAUUCAUUACAAUCCUAGGUAGAAAUCUUGAUGAAGUUUCAGGUGCUGAGAAAAUUAGAGAAUCGAUAUGGGAAUAUAAGAGAACUCAUUGA